UGCUUUAGUGUUUUUAAAGGUAAAACAGAUUCGAUUUUCUCAGUAAGUAUUGCAAAGCAAGCCUAAUAAUUUGUUUCGAAAAAAGAAUCUUAAAAAUGGAGUCAUGCUGCUUUGAAUCGCACCAGUGGACUGAUAUUUAAACUUGUGUUAAAAUUCGCUCCUACAUGCACUUAAUUAAUUCACUUUAAAAACAUGGACGGCACUCAGGUCGACAAUUUGCGACAAGGACGCCAUCAGGUCGACAAUUUGCUCACGGUGCUGGGUAAUCCCGGCCGUUUCCAAGUCAUAACCUUCUUCCUUCUCAGCGGAAAUUAUUUACUUAACGUUUGCAACACGAUAGCGCCAGUGUUUUACACCGCCAAGACGCGCCACCAUUGUAGAGUCGAAAAUACAAGUCUGAUACCAGUGGUGACCCGUGAUAAUGAGAGGCAGUGGGACGGAUGUAUAAUAUACACAGCGUCAAAUUCGAGCACAACAAUACCCUGUCCUAAUGGUUGGGUCUAUUACUUUGACGAUGGAGAGAGCACGAUAAUCUCUGAGUUCGGCCUGGUGUGCGAUGACGCUUACAAAGCCGAUCUCUCGACGUCAAUAUAUUUUCUUGGAAUGAUAAUUGGCGGGCCAAUGUUUGGCUACUUUGGUGAUAGGUUCGGUCGCCGUACUGUCAUCGGGUUUUUACUGUUGACAUCUUCUAUGGUGGGCGGAGGAGUAUUUUUGUUCAGAAAUUAUGUUGUUUACAUUGUCUUAAGAUUUGUUUUGGGGUGUCUUAUGCAGGGUCUAUCAAAUUCUAGUAUCAUUUUGGUCGUCGAACUAUUUCCUACGAAGUUUCGAGUGUAUGCGGUUCUUAUAUUAAUGUUUCUUGAGACAUUCAGUGUUCUUGUUUUCGAUCUUCUCUCGUAUCUCAUCAGAGAUUGGAAAUAUAUUCAACUGACGCUUGCAAUGUUGACCCUAGUUCAACUGCUUACUAUGUGUUUCAUUCCAGAGUCUCUUCGUUGGUAUUUAAUACAUGGCCAAUUUGAUAAGGCGGAAUCAUUUGUCAGGAGGGUUGCAAAAUUCAAUAAAUUACCUUAUCCCAGCAAGCUGAUCAAAAAAAUAGAAAAUGAUUUUGGCAAAAGCUGUGAUGUAGUAAUGCUGCAACGCCAGAAAAAAGCAAACCUAAUGGAUGUGAUACGUUCACCGACGUUAUUAAAGAUUACUCUAGUCAUUUCAUUCAUUUGGUUCACAAGUGAUAGCACCUUUUUCCUUCUGGCUUUAAACAUGUCCUUUCUUCAUGGUGAUAAAUAUUUGAAUAUCGCAAUUAGCUACCUCGCGGAUUUGUUUGCAAUACUGGUUCUCGUGUAUUUUUUACCAAGAUUUGGUCGGAGAAAACCUCUUUUCUUUUUAAUGCUGUGUUGUUCUGUUGCAGUUGGUGGGAAUGCCACCAUUACAUUAAGUUCAUAUAACAGCGCAGCAUUACAGAUCCUGAGAACGGUGUUGGUAAUAAUGGGCAAGAUUUCAGCAUUUUGUACUUUUGCGGUGCUUGUUAUAUUGACAUCGGAGGUUUAUCCUACGAUUGUAAGAAACGUUAGUCUUGGGGUGAAUACUUUCUCGUCGCGAUUGGGGGCAAUGGUUGCGCCACAAAUGAUAUUGCUUGGUAAACACACUACAUCAUCUGUGCCUUUUGCAGUAUUAUGUAUUUUUGCAUUGGUCAGCGGCUUGCUAAUCUGGUUACUUCCGGAAACGCAUAACAAAGACUUCUCAGAUAAACUUGACUGCACAAGAGAGAUUUAUGGGGAGAAGUUUAUGGAAAAAGAUUUUUUGGCUUUUGAGGAGCGCAUCCUCGCGUACGAAACAUCGAUUUACCAUGCGAAAAUGAUAACAGAAAUUUUUUUUUCGUUGUUUCUCGUUUGGCUUAUCUGGUAUGUAAUCACAGCCUACACAAAAAGAAGGAACAUGCCCGCUGGACCAUUUCCAUAUCCUUUCGUUGGAAACAUCCCUCAGAUAGUAUGUGCAGGCUCCGUUAGUCCGUUUAGCAAACUGGCUGAAAAGUAUGGAGAUAUUUUCACUGUCACUCUUCCGCAAGGGAAUGCUGUUAUCCUAAAUACUGCUUCGCUAGCGCGCGAGGCAAGGCUUGCAGGAAAACAAGAAGAUAUCGCAGGAAGAUUACCAAAUUUUAUAUACCCACUUAACGAGAUGACGGGGAAGAAUCUGUUUACAUCUGAUUACUCAUCUGAACACCGUUUUCAAAAGAAAGUAUUUAUAACCGCAAUGCAUGUUUUUGGCGCUGGGAAAGAGCAAGCUUCUGAACGUGCAGGACAUGCGGUUGAAAUAGCCAUCAAAGAAAUAGAAGACGAGCCUGGCAGGUCAUUCUGCCCGAAAAAUCUUUUCGAAUCUUCUAUUCGGGUUCAGUUGUGGGAAUGGCUGACAACGAAAAAGGUCGCGUUGGACGAUCCAAUCAUAAAACAAACCAGUGAACUCUCAGCUCUUCUAACCAAACAAGCAAUGUUAAGCACUUUAUACCAACUGUUUCCUUUUCUUUGUUAUCUACCAACACGAUUCCGUCGAGAUAUUCAGAGAGCAAUCGAAAUUAAGAACACGAUAUUCCCGCAAGAAUAUCGAGAGCACGAAGAGAGCUACAUUCCCGGCGUUGUCCGUGAUCUCACCGAUAGCUUUAUCAGCGCAUACGAUAAAGAAAUCCAAAAGGAGACAUCGAAAGAAAUUGGUUCAAAAGACGACAUUCCUGGAUUGAUGUUUAACGUCGCUCUAGCUGGAUCGGAAACAACGUCAACUUGCCUCAGUUGGCUUUUUCUGUACCUCGUCCUGUAUCCUGAUGUUCAAAAAAAAAUUCACGAAGAACUUGACACCACUGUAGGAAGAGAAAGAUUGCCCAGAUUGAAGGAUGCAGAAAACAUGCCAUACAUCCAAGCUACUCUGUGUGAAGUUCUGAGAGCGUCAGGAAUGUUCUCGUUAAGCGGGACGAAUGCGAUACGUGACACGACCGUCGCUGGUUAUCGCAUUCCAAAAGGUACAUUUGUCGCUAUAAAUUUUAGGAAAUUGCAUCACGAUGGACGAGAAUGGCCCGAACCAAACAAAUUUAAACCUGAACGAUUUCUGGACCACGAGAGCAAGUUCGUCGGCUGGAAUAAAUUGCACGGUUUACUUCCAUUUGGCAUUGGUCGUAGAGAAUGUCCUGGUCAUUCACUAGCAAAGGUUAUGUUGUUCUCGUUCACUUCCGUGAUACUGCAACGCUACAAGAUCGAUUUGCCCGAAGGAGCCGAGAUGCCGUCGACAACAGUAUCAAAACCACAAAUGAUCAUUCGACCAAAUGAUUUUCGAGUUGUUGCAAAGCCACGAAAUCAGCUUCGUUGUGAAGAAGGAGUUUGUCACCUCGAGGACUCUUGAAUUUAAUUUAAGGAUUUAAUUUUUCUAUAACCUCUCUCUAAAAGGUUUUUAACGCGCAUAAGAGCAUACGAAACUGUAAAACAUUGCGAAUCUUUAAUGUAAGUUCUACAUAUUUUUACAUACUAAAUGGCGUGCGCUGAUUGGUUCUUUGCCGGUCUGGAAUCCCCCAGUAUUAGACCGUUGCCGUAGUAACGGUCCAACCAUAGGUAGCCCAGAAAUCUGUUUGUACUCAGUCUUCGACUACAUUGUUUACGCGCGCGAUCAGCUUCUACUGUCUACCGCGCGCGUAAACAAUGUAGUCGAAGACUGAGUACAAACAGAUUUCUGGGCUGCUAUGGUCCAACUCUCAUAUUUUUGAACAAAAACAAGCUUGCACUUUUAUUUUUGACACGAAAAAUAUCGACGAAGAAUGGACAAAGAAGGGCAUUAUUUGGUACAUGUGAAUAUUAUAUUUAUAUUCAUCUUUGAUUUUUGUUUAUAUUACUGUAUCAUUCUUAUCGAGAUUCUUAUUUAACGUGUAAAAAACAAAGUUUUGGAAGCCGCUUCAGUGCUUGCUUGGCGAAAUUGUAUAAAUAAAUAAACUAAAU